UUAAGCAACUGUUUUGCAUAUAUAAUCCAAUUAUGCACAUCAUACUGACCAGUAACCAAGGCCUAGAAUACGACUUAGCAUAAGGCAAGGUUAGGUAUGUUGUAUUGAAUACUAAUGUGAAUGCAUUAGAUGUUGAAAAUUGAGUGGUGAUAUGUUGGUACAUUAUGCAGACAACUGGAGUGUGAAAGCGAUCCAAAGAAAGACAACGGGAACUGGACGCAUGAGGUACCUCCGCAAUGUCCCCCGGAGAUUCAAGACCAACUUCAGAGAAGGUUUGAAACCUCUUUGUCCAUUCUUACAUUUAGAUUGUUCGGUGGUUGCAUGAGAUUUGAUUUAUGGAUUUUAAUUUAGGUACCGAGGCUGCACCAAGGAAGAAGGCUGCCGCAGCUGCCUCUACUUAGGUUAAGGGAUUGCCAUUUCAUCACACCAGUUAUUAUCUCUUAAAUUUUGUUAGUGCUAUGGAUCAAAGACCACUUCACUUGAUUGCUUUACCUCACUUUGUUCUCUCCUAUUCAGUCAUCUCUAUUCACUCUGUCCACAAACCAAUUUCCAUUUUACACCCCAAACUCUUUAUGAAACGUGGGGUGGAUUUCAUAUAUUUUGAAAAGCCAAAUCAUAAUUCAAAUUUGUGCAAUCAUAGUUUAUGAAAUGAUAUAUUGUUAUAUAGAAAGAGGAGUCAGUGUUGGCUAUGCAACACAGAUAUGUAAAAUCAACAUAGACUACCUCAAUUCCUAUUAAAAUCAACUAUACGAAGGCUUACCAUAAAAAUUGCUUUCAUUUUCAAGUUUCAAUCAAUUUUCCCUCCCAAUAUAAAUGCUGCACUUAAAUUCAAAUUCCUUGGCAAUUGUAAAUCCAGACAAAUUAUAUUUACAACGAUUAGGUCUGCUUAUUUAUUAUGUAAGGAUAAAAAUGGAUCAUGAUACUGACCCCAAAGGGGCUCCAUUUGCUGCAUAAAUGGCAGGACAAACUCAGGACCUGCCGCAGAGGAAUUACUAAAUGCUACUACCAUUUAUUUUCAUUCAAUGCCCUGAGUUUGAAUCUAACACCUCCAAACUCUUUUCAAUAGUAAGGCUUGUUAACCUGAAUCCGAAGUUUGUGUAGCUGCAGUCUGCAAAAGACUUAAGGGUAUAAAGAUGAGUGGCGAGGCUCGCAGAACAAAACAGAAGUGGGCUAAAGUAAGCUUGCAUGAUACCAAGAUCUUCGUUCACAAAGCUUUUAGAAAUGUGAGAUCCUUACUUCUAAGAGGGUAUGAGAAGCUACCAACCUAUCCCAUCUUCUCUGGUAGCAGCAAGAUUGAUCCCAAGUUGCAAGAGACCGACAGUUCGUGCAAAAGUUCCUUCCAGCGAUGGGAUCCCAGUGAGCUGGUAGGUAAGAAAGAUGGCAUCAUGAGUGUUCGUCGACCAGAGGACCAGAGCCUUCAAGGGAAGUCUAGUUUUUUGGCUACAGAGGACUUUGCAAAGAAGAUGGAAGAAUUGGAAAUGAUGGAUGAGAGUGAUGGGAAUCAUGUGCUUGACAUAGAGGAAGUUGUUCAUUGCUACUCCCUCCUCACCAGCCCUACUUACUUAGAAAUUGUUGACAAAUUCUCCAAAGAUGUCUACCAGGAACUAAAUCUUCCCCAGCCUCCAAGAAAAGUCAACAACUCACUGGGAAAACUGGAUUCAGCAGCAAGCAUUCAUGGUCUGAUGAGGAAGUUGGGUUCAGCCAGUGUUCACAGUUCGAUGAGGAGACUGGGAUGCUCAACCAGUGUUCACACUUCAAUGGGAAAAGUAGGUUCAGACAAUGCCGGUUCAAUGAGGAAACUAAGUUCAUCCGAAGUUCACAACUCAAAGAGAAAAUUGGGUUCAGAGAGCAUUCAUGACUCAAGGAGAUUGAGUUCGGACAGCAUUCAUGGUUCAAUGAGGAAACUGGGUUCCGACAGCCUGCACAGUUCAGCAAGGAGAUUGGGUUCAAAAAGUGUUCAUGGGUCAACGAGGAAAUUAGAUUCAGACAGCAUUCACGGAUCAAUGGGGAGAUUAAGUUCAGACAGCAUUCAUGGUUCGAUGAGGAAACUGGGUUCUGACAGCGUUCACAGUUCAAUGAGGAGAUUGAGUUCAAAAAGUGUUCAUGGGUCACUGAGGAAAUUUGAUUCAGACAGCAUUCACGGAUCAAUGAGGAAACUGAGAUCAGACUGCAUACAUGGGCCAAUGAGGAAACUUGGUCCAGACAGCAUACACAGGUCUAUGAGCAUGAGGAAACUGGAUUCAGACGGCAUUCCCGGAUCUAUGACAAAACUGGGUUCAGAUAGUCACAGCAUUCAUGGUUCCAUGAGGAAACUGAGAUCAGAUGACAUUCGCCGUUCAGUGAGGUGUCUGCCCUCCUAA